AUUACAGAACUUGUCGAGGUCAACUGUCAAGGUUCUGGAGCAAAGGUGAAUCUACGAAAAUCAGCGUUGAUGCCCCUCAACCGAAAAGCAAUUUGCCCAUUCGCCUCAGAAGUACGGUGUAUGAAGCCAUCCGAUACAGUUAAAUACUUGGAUAUCCCGUUCGGACAGCAAGUGACGAAAGAUCAUAUCCUCGCUGAACUCAACUCUAAAGUUUUUCGCAGUUUUGGCGUUUGGGCAAGAAGAGCAAGAACUAUUCGCGGGCGGCUCCUUCUCGUGCAUACCGUCAUCUUGUCGACCCUCUGGCAUUUUACACCGCACACCUCUGUUCCGAAAGACUACAUUCAACGCUGGCAACGAAUGAUAAACAAAUUCGUGCUUUCG